AUGCAAGAGGGAGCCGUGGUGAAAUAUUCGAACCCGGCGUAUAUAACUAACGUGCACGUGUUUACGGUGCGGCGUCGGCGGAACGAUCCCUACCUCACCAACAUUACUGCCACUAUACAUACGGCUUUUGGCAAUAAUGUCACGGUAAAGUUUUCCUACUUGCUGCCAAGUGGCAACGCAAUCGAAUUCAGCACUCGUACUUGUGAUUCUAUUGAUAAACGUUGGAUUUACGACUUUGUGGCGACAUACUCUAAUUUAACUGAAUGUCCAGUUAAACCCGGUACAUAUCGCUACUUUAAUGUGGAAAUUCCGCCGAAGAACUUCCCUCUGCCAAUCCCCCCUGGUGUCAAGAAGGGAGAUAAAGGCAACGUGAAUUUCCAGCUGCUGAGAUAUGGAAAGGAAGUAAUUCUGGAUCUUUUCACCACCAUCCGCGCGUAUUGAUU